AUGCUGGAGCGAUUGCCAACCGAGAUUCUAUGCGAGAUUGUCCACGACUUUUCUCGACGCGACUUUAUUGAAUGUGUACAAGUGAAUCGCUAUUGGCGUCAGCGUCUCCCACCCUACUCGAGUCACCUAUGGAAGCAUGUGGAUAUCAAGACCCAUGACCAUCUCAUUUUCCUUGCACAGACCUCAUGUUUUGGCCAGUAUAUCGAUUCAUGCAAGAUCACCAUGCUCAGCAAGGACGCAUUGCUGUAUCAUGCACUCGAACAACUACAAGGAUAUCAUUUACAAUCUCUUGUACUGGAUUACUUCAGGAUUGAGGAUAACGAGCGCCUUAUUGAUCUCUUGAAAAAUGUGAGGUGCGAAUCACUCAAAUUCACUGGUGUCACUGGUGCAUGCUUGGACUUUGUUGGGAUCAUUACAGCUUCCAGUGGUGGUGUUGGUGGUGACGGUCAUAUGCGACAUUUUGCAUGCCAUUACGACUUGAUGUAUCCGAUGCUUAUGUUUGAUGAUGAUGAUGAUGACAUGUGCCUAUAUCCUCCGCCGGCUCCUCCUUUGCCCAAUACAAAUGGUCUUGGAUUGGUGUCCUUGGCAUUGACAACCCAAAAUCUUCAAGUUGACUGGAUGGGUCUCUUACAACGAUGCUCAACAACAUUGCAACAUCUUCAUAUCGAUGUUACAGAUCCCAUCAUCUGCCGCGACAUAAUGAACGCCUGUCCUCAACUGCAAUCCAUGUUUAUUGGCGAAUUUGCUGUACCUGAAAUAGUAACGUGGCCACCACCACCACCAUCAUCCUCUGACAAGCCGGGUUUACGACACCUUGGUUACUAUGGACAAUGCCAUGACAUCGACAUUAUGGAAUUUGUAUUGGAACAUCAACACACACUUGAGACUCUUUACUUUGAUACGUGUAUCCCUAUACAAAUUCCACCAUGGAGCGACAUCAAUGCCUUCCAAUCCACUUCUCUCAAGACUCUUGUAUCCUCUCACACACAUGAAACUUUGCCAGAUACCCUUGUGCACUUGAUUCGACAAUCAUCCAACCUUGAAACGGUGGUACUACAUCAAGUGAAUUCUGCCAGUGAUAAGAUAUGGGAUACACUUAUGAACCUUGAUACACUGCAAAACCUUUCGCUUCACGUGCAUAUAUGGGAAUACGACCCUAAUCGUGCUUGGGAAUGGCAUACAUUGAUCCAUCGAUUGGGGACGAUGACCACCUUGCGUCAACUAGAACUCGUAGCGCUGGAUGGAGCCAAAAGUAUUGAGUGUGCUCAGUUAUUUCGGAUGUUGGAUGGGAUACAACUCGUGAAGCUACGCUUGCUAUCGAUUCAUGUAUUGAGUGACAGGACAUUGGAAGCACUUUUACCCCAUGCGCCAUUGAUGGAACAAGUGGAUAUUGUCGACUGCCCUAUUGUCACUACCUGUGGUAUCAAGGCCCUUAUCGAUGGAUUACCCAAGGUGCGCAAUGUCACGUUCUUACUCUCCAAGGAACAAAGGAUACCAGAUGAUGUUGAUGAAUUGACUAGCUAUGCAAAAGGAAAAGGAGUCAAACUUGUUGUAGAUAGCUUGGAUUAA